UCCUAAAUGGGCAGCUACUUCUAUGUUCGGGUUCAGACCAACCAAAAUCAUCUCAACGACUCUUUCUCCUAAAACAGUAAAACGUCGCCGUUUCCUAGGAUGUCGCUUCUCUAUCCGCGUCUUCGUCUUUUCAUCUUCUCCCUCGCCGUCUUGGCUUUCACAGGAGUUCAACUGGUGACCUCCCAUGAAGAGUCCGGCGAGUGGGACUGCGAGCCCGACUCGGAGGCCCGUGUCCCAGCCCAGUUCAGGCCCGGAGUCGUAACUCUCGACGGCCAUGCCGACGAUUGGCAGGAUGUAUAUGGGUUUGAAUUCUCCCUCCUCCCGGCACUCGACCCGGAUGAAGAAAAUGCCUACAAAGGUGGAAAGAUGACUGUUAAGGCCUUGCAUGAUGGGAAGGAUAUGUACUUCUUGUUGCAAGUGGAUGGGAACUAUAUCUACUCAAAAGGAGAUAAUCAUGGAUGCCCAUCUGUGGCACUUAUGUUUCAAGUUGGUGAGAGUGCUACCUACCACAGAAUGGGUGGAUGUAAAGAAUCACCAAAUACGUGCAACAAAACAAGCUGCCGUGGCUAUGAAGUUGACAUCAUGCAUUUCUCUAUUGGAAAUGCUGUUCCAGGACGCUUGUACGGUGGGAACCCAAUAGACAGCAGAGAGGGUAAUGGAGGUGACAGAUUUGGCCAUUUAGUUGAUACCUAUGCUUGGAAUCCACAUUGCAGAAACCUUGAUGGUAUUGGUCCGUCAGGAAAUGACUCCACUGCACAGAAUGAUUGGAGAGGUGCAUGGUGGCAUAGCAGUUUGACAACCCAUACAGGUUUUGUGGCAGAAGAUAGUCCUUAUGCAUCUUCCGGUCAGAAAGGCACAUACUACUUUGAAUUUUCCAGGCCUCUCCGAAGCAUGGAUAGUCUACAGCAGGAUGUACAAUUCACCAUUGGUCAAUCAAGCAAGUUUUCAGCUGCUUUUUGGUACCCCAGUGAUGGAAAUCCAUGGCAUGGAUCAGCUCAUUAUUCCGUCAGCUGUGACUGGGUACCCUUAGAUGUGUCCCCAGGCUCUUCUUCGCCAGUUAAAGGAAAAUCAGGAAGCGCUUGGGGUGCUGCCAGUGGCUUUGCUCUUCUCCUCUCUGUUGUUUCCUUCUGCAUUUCAAUUUUUGUUGGAUACCGCAUUUCUAUUAAUAAAGCCAUCCCCUUCACACCCAUGGAUCGGCUUUAACUUCCUUCUCCAUCUCUCAUCAUGAUCGAGUUUUGUUAUUCUUUCUUUUUAGUUUCCUUCUUCAUUUUCUUGUGUAAAGUGACCUUAGUUAUAUCACUGGUGAAUGCAGAGUUAGUUAGAAAUAAUAAAAAAGAAGAAGUUUGGUACAGGUUGAUGAUACUGGUAUAGGAUGUGUAUUCAAACGCAUCAGUUUAUGAGUUACAGACUAAGCCACCAUUAGUGAAGAAUGUAUUAUCGAUCAUAA